CAUAUGAUGUCGGAUUUGAAGAAUCUCACACUGAGCACCGUAGCUGGAGGACCUAGAUACAGUGGCGAUGAACAGGUGCAAUUCAUACCUGGCGGAAGCCACCAGGUGACGAUUAAAUCCCCUCCGCCCACGCUGCAUUUGGAGAACCUCAACAAUGCGGUCCUCAGUGGCUCUCAAAACAAUCUUCACUGCAACUGCAACGGAAACGCAUCGAACAGUGUCGCCGUUGCGGCGAUGUGCAGUAAUAGCAUGUUCGCGCGAAAAGUACCGAACCAUAGUCCCGGCCAGGAUGGCAAGAGGCCGGCAGUGACGUUGACGCACCUCCCGAAGAGGCCACCGGUUGACAUUGAAUUCAAAAAUCUGGCGUACAGCGUGUCCGAGGGGAGAAAGAGAGGGUACAAAACGAUUCUGAAAUGCGUCAACGGGAAAUUUCGGUCUGGAGAGCUGACCGCCAUUAUGGGCCCCUCUGGUGCCGGGAAGAGCACGCUGAUGAACGUGUUGGCCGGUUACAAAACGUCUCACCUGAGCGGAUCCGUUCUGAUAAACGGAAAGGACAGGAAUCUCCGAAGAUUUCGGAAGAUGUCCUCGUACAUAAUGCAAGAUGAUCGUCUGCUGCCGCAUCUAACGGUCUACGAAGCGAUGGAGGUUUCGGCGAAUCUGAAACUGGGAAAGGAUAUCGACGCCAGGGAGAAGAAAGUGGUGAUCGAGGAGAUCAUCGAGACGCUCGGCCUAAGUGACGCCAGCAACACGCAAUCGCAUUGUCUGAGCGGUGGCCAACGAAAGAGGCUGUCGAUCGCGUUGGAACUCGUCAACAAUCCCCCAGUGAUGUUCUUCGACGAGCCUACUUCCGGUCUGGACAGCUCCACCUGUUACCAGUGUCUGAAUUUGCUCAAAUCAUUAAGUAGAGGAGGGAGGACUAUCAUAUGCACGAUACAUCAACCGAGCGCGCGAUUGUUCGAGAUGUUCGACAACCUGUACCUUUUGGCUGAGGGCCAGUGUAUAUAUCAAGGGAACGUGGGCGGUCUGGUACCGUUUUUGUCGUCGAUGAGCUUGGAUUGCCCCAGCUAUCACAAUCCAGCCGAUUAUGUGAUGGAGGUAGCCUGUGGCGAACACGGGGAAUGCGUGCAUAAGCUUGUGAUGGCUGUGAACAACGGAAAAUGCGUCAACUAUCAACACCACGCGGCGAUAAAUGCCGUGCAGACCGUGCCUAACGAUAUCGCGAAAGUAUCACCGCAACAGGAGACCAAGUCUGAGACUGCAUUGAUACCAAACGGCGUGGUGAAACAACCUAACGGUGGAACGGUAAUCAAUAUGCCGAUAUCUUGCACGACCUCGUUGCUGGACAGUGCUGAGAGUAUAGAGCAGAGAGUCGGCUUCCCGACGAACAGUUUCACCCAAUUCUGGAUCCUCCUCAAGCGGAUCUUCUUGUCGCAAAUUCGAGACAUGACAUUAACGAGAGUAAGGCUGAUUUCGCACAUAAUCGUUGGGUUUCUCAUCGGGGCGAUUUAUUACGACAUCGGUAACGAGGCCUCGCAGGUGAUGAGCAACGCCGGUUGCGUGUUUUUCACGGUGAUGUUUCUCAUGUUCACCGCCAUGAUGCCUACAAUUCUCACUUUCCCAGUGGAAAUGGCUGUGUUCGUGAGAGAGCAUUUGAAUUACUGGUAUUCCGUGAAAUCGUACUACCUUGCGAGAACAUUGGCUGAUAUCCCCUUUCAGAUAGUGUACUCUAUAGCGUACGUUUUUAUUGUGUAUUUCAUGACGUCACAGCCAUUCGAGACGAAUAGAUUCAUGAUGUAUUUAACUAUAUGUGUAUUGACAGCGUUAGUUUCUCAGUCGAUCGGUUUAGUGAUAGGUGCAGCGAUGAGUGUCGAGACCGGAGUAUUCAUUGGCCCCGUGUCGUCGGUGCCGAUCGUGCUGUUCUCCGGUUUCUUCGUGAAUUUCGACGCCAUUCCAAAGUACCUGAAGUUUCUCUCGUACGUUUCGUACGUCAGGUACAGUUUCGAGGGCACUAUGAUCUCGGUGUACGGUUAUAAUCGUGCGAAGCUCAAGUGUUCCGACGCCUACUGCCACUUCAAGAGCCCGACGAAGUUCCUCGAAGAGAUGUCGAUGCAGGACGCGGUCUUCUGGGUGGACGCAGUCGCUCUCGCUGGUUUUCUGCUCUUCUUGAGAGUGACCGCCUACUUCGUACUGAGACUGAAGUUACGAUCUCUUCGUUAAAACGUUUCUGUCGGAAGCCCUGACGGUUAGAUAUCGACGACGGAUCGGACGCGCCGAUAUCCAAAUUCGUGGUAUCGGUUUUCAUCUGGACA